AGGUUAGGUUUUGGACUGAAUUGACUGCUUCUGAGAACAGCCAAAUAAAAAGAGGUGUCACUCUACUUUUUUUCGGGAUAUCGCUAACGACAUGGAAUGAAGAAGGAGAUAAAGUUCUACUAAACAUAAAAUAAUUUAAGUAAAAGAACCAUUGAGAUACUUUCAACCUGUCAUACUUAAUAACUUUUGGGGCAGAAUUAACAGAGGGGCGCUCAAACGCGAAGGCAGAAGACGGAUUUUGUGCUGGUGUGUUGCAUCUUUAGCAUGAACGAUCUUUUCCGUGACGUACGUUUUGCGCGAAACUCGGAUCUGGAAAGCUAAAGUGGAGUAGUUGGAAAUGAGUAAAAAAGAUAACGGGGCGGGCGUCAUCCUUGCCUACCUAAAUGAGAAGAACCGGCCCUAUAGCGCUCAGGAUGUCUUCUCUAAUUUACAAAAGCAACAUGGUCUGGGCAAAACGGCAGUGGUCAAAGCCAUGGAGCUGCUGGCCCUGGAAGGCAAGAUAAAGGAGAAAAUAUAUGGCAAGCAAAAGAUUUAUUUUGCUGACCAGGCUCAGUUCAAAGAUGUGAACGAUGCAGACCUGAAGGCAAUGGACCAUCAGAUCUCAGAGCUCAGUGAAGAGGUGCAAUCCCUUACCCAGAGCUGCAGGCAGCUGGAUGCAGAACUGAAGGAGCUAAACAGCUCCCUUACAACAGAGGAAAUGGUGUCAGAGAUCCAGGAGCUAAAAGCAGAGUGUUCUGGGUACAGAGCCCGACUGGAGAAGAUAAAGUCGGCCUCAAAUCACAUCACGCCAGAGGAGAAGGACAAGGUUUAUAAAGAACGAGAUCUGUACAUUAAAGAGUGGAAAAAGAGGAAGAGACUGGCUUCAGACAUGACAAAUGCAAUCCUCGAGGGUUAUCCAAAGAGCAAAAAGGAGUUCCUGGAAGAAGUUGGAGUGGAGACUGAUGAGGACUGUAAAGUAGUUCCUCCAAAUACUUGAACAAGAAAGUUCUUUUACAGUCACCUUGCCACUAAUCUAAGCAAAUGGAUUACACAGGAAAGCAAUCUGAAGCCCAGAGAAUACUUUAUUUAUGGCCCUUUUUUUUUGAAUAGAUAGUUCAACUUUAAUAAAUGCUUUAAUUGAAAAAAAGUUU